AUGUCUAAAGAAAAAUCUUUCCUCAAAUCUUCUAAUAAAUAUUUAGAUCCUUAUACUGUUACUAAGAUUCUUAUUCAAGAGGUUAAAGUUCUUCAAGACCAGAAUAAAAUUGCUUUUCAUACUGCUGUUGUUCAAUAUUAUAACUUUUAUGAUAAAAAUUAUCAUUAUAUUUCUCUAGAAGAUACUUCAUCAUCUCAAGAUUCUUUUCUUGUUUCUGAAGAUUUUCAAGAUUUCUUCAAAGAUAUUCUCACUGAAUUAUUAGCUAAAGAUUCAAUAGAACCUAAAAUUUCUGAUAAUAUAUCUAGCUUUGUUAAUGAUUUAAAUUAA